AUGUCCUUGCCAAGUGGCGUGGACGUGAGUGCCCUCAUGUCUCAGCACGCGGUUUUGGGCGGUUUACCACCCGCGUUCUUCUUGCGCGCUUCCGAGAGGUACCAGAGGACGCCGAAAUGCGCCCGCUGCCGAAAUCACGGAGUCGUGAGCGCUUUGAAAGGACACAAAAGAUAUUGCCGGUGGAGGGAUUGCGUUUGUGCUAAAUGCACCUUGAUCGCGGAAAGGCAACGAGUCAUGGCUGCACAGGUUGCUCUGCGCCGGCAGCAAGCUCAAGAAGAAAGCGAGGCGCGCGAGCUCGGUCUGUUGUACACAGCCGGCGGAACUGGUACGACAGGGUCGCAAUCGCUCACAGGGCCCCAGACGACGACCGUGCCGUCGGUGCCCCCUACUGCAGGAAACGUAUCGCCAGUGAGGGACUCAGUCAACGUAUCGCCGAGUUUGAAAUACCCGACACACAGUGAAACUCAACGUACAGAGUACCAAAGUUCGGAACACGAUAGCGAACCUCCCAGCCCAGAUAAAGCUUUUGUUGAAGUAAAAGAAGAUAAUGAAACAUGUAUAACUACAGUUUCUUAA